AUGGCCUCCGUAGGCCAUUCACCACUUGCAUCCUCCCUGAAGCGAUGCUCCUCCAACCUCUCUUCAAAUCUGAGCUCUACUCCUCCUCUCAACUCUCUAUUAAUUCACACUCAGUUCAUUUCGUCAAUUUCCUCUCAACAACCCAUCAAAAUCACUCCCAAUGAAGGACUCAAAGCGGCUACCAAAACCAAAAGAUCCCAAGCCAUGGCUCGUCUCAUCAACACUGAACCAUGGUCGCACGAACUCCAGUUGUCUCUGGCCGAACUCGCCCCCUCCCUCUCCAAGACCACUGUCCUCCAAACCCUCCAACUCAUCAGAACCCCUGCAAAAGCGUUGCAUUUUUUCAGAUGGGUGGAGGCCAAAGGCUUCACCCACAAUGAGCAAUCAUAUUUCUUGAUGAUUGAAAUUCUGGGUCGAAGCCGAAACCUCAAUGCGGCUCGGAAUUUUGUCUUCUCCAUCGAGAAGAAGUCGGGUGGGGCGGUUAAGCUUGGGGAUAGAUUCUUUAAUAGCUUGAUUAGGAGCUACGGAUGGGCGGGGUUGUUUCAGGAGUCGAUUAAGGUUUUUAAGACGAUGAAGGAGAUUGGGGUGUCGCCUUCUGUGGUUACAUUUAACAGUCUUUUAUUGAUUAUGCUUAAGCGGGGUCGAACCAGUAUGGCAAAGCAGCUGUUUGAUGAAAUGCUUGAUACGUAUGGGGUUACGCCUGAUACGUACACUUUUAACAUUUUGAUAAGAGGUUUUUGUAUGAACUCAAUGGUGGAUGAAGGGUUUUGGUUUUUCAAAGAAAUGUCGCGUUUUAAGUGUGACCCAGAUGUUGUUACAUAUAAUACUCUUGUUGAUGGCCUUUGUAGGGCAGGGAAGGUGAAAAUUGCGCAUAAUGUUGUGAAGGGUAUGGUCAAGAAAAGUCCAAAUUUGAGUCCCAAUGUUGUUACUUAUACAACUUUGAUUAGAGGGUAUUGUAUGAAGCAGGAUAUGGCGGAGGCUUUGAGUUUGUUAGCAGAGAUGGUUAGCCGAGGACUGAAACCAAAUAAGAUUACUUAUAAUACGCUUAUUCAAGGGCUUUGUGAGGCUCAGAAGCUUGAUAAGAUAAAGGAGAUUUUGGAGGGAAUGGUAGGGGACGGAGGAUUCAUACCUGAUACAUGUACCCUCAAUACAUUGAUCAAAGCCCACUGCACUAUGGGAAAGUUGGAGGAAGCAUUCAGUGUAUUUGAGAAAAUGUCGGAAUUACAGGUCCAGCCUGAUUCAGCUACAUACAGUGUGCUGAUUAGGAGUUUGUGCCAGAGAGGGGAUUUCAGGAGAGCAGAGGAGUUCUUUGAUGAGUUAGCAGAGAAGGAGAUCUUGCUUCAUGAUGCAGGAUGUAAGCCUCUUGUUGCAGCGUAUAAUCCCAUGUUUGAGUAUCUUUGUAGUAAUGGGAAAACAAAGAAGGCUGAGAGAGUCUUUAGGCAGCUAAUGAAAAGAGGGACACAAGAUCCUCCAUCUUACAAGACUUUGAUCCUGGGGCACUGUAGGGAAGGUACACCAGAAGCUGGGUUUGAUCUCUUGGUUCUGAUGUUAAGAAGAGAUUUUGUGCCUGAUGCUGAGACUUAUGGGUUGAUGAUUGAUGGCCUUUUGAAGAAGGGUGAUCCUGUUCUUGCCCAUAAAAGUCUAGAGAAGAUGUUAAAGAGCUCUCAUCUUCCUACUACGGCUAUAUUCCAUUCCAUACUUGCCGCACUUAUGGAAAAAGGUUGUGCUCAUGAAUCUGCUAGCCUUGUAAAACUGAUGUUAGAGAGAAGGAUUAGACAAAAUAUUGAUCUCUCAACACAUACUGUAAGGUUACUCUACAAGAGUGGCCUACAGGAUAAAGCAUUCAUGACCAUUGGGUUGCUUUAUGAGAAUGGAUAUUUGGUUAAGAUGGAAGAAUUGGUUUCCUUUCUUUGCCAGAGUAGAAAGCUACUAGAGGCACAGAAAAUGUUGCUAUUUAGUUUGGAGAAGCGACAGAGUGUCGAUAUUGAUAUGUGCAGCACAGUUAUAAGUGGCCUUUGUAAGGCCCAUAAGGUUUCAGAAGCAUUUGCUUUAUACUAUGAAUUGGUGGAGAAAGGAAUGCAACAUCGCUUAACCUGCCAAGAAGAUUUGAGAAUUUCCUUGGAGGCUGAGGGAAGGUUGAAUGAAGCCAAGUUUGUUUCUAAGAAGAUGCCAGAAGUCCCAAAACAGUGGCAAUCAGAUAGAACUGGUCCAAAAGUCAGCUCUAGAAUGGAAAGACCUUGAUGUUGUUUUCUUCUUGUAAGAUAUUCAUGAUUGGAAAAUCAUCAUAAAUUCCUAAUGCAUGGAGACGAGUCUCUGAUGGAUGCCUUGUAUAUACAGCUUUCAGUACGAAGAAAGGAGUUCCUCUGGAGUUCAAAGAUGAAGUCCUUUAAUCCAUUCCACAGAAUUGAAGCAUCAAGGGAUCAAGAAAGGGCAGGGCUGGUGUGGAUUGCUUACUUUCUAACAUCAGUGGACUACAGCAAAUCAUCCAGAAGCAUGAACCAACUCUCAGGGGGCAGUAAGGUGGUGGUGCAUAGAACAUUUUCUGUCAUGGUAAAGUGAAGAAAGCCUCUAUAGGGUGGUGGUGCCAGAGAUGCUCGAAAGACAUGGGGCUCACAGAAAAGUAGUGAAGUCUACCGCCUCAAUUGGUGCCAUUGUCCUCAUGGAUGAAGCAGAUUCUAAAGUCAUAUGCCAUCCCUAUCAUGGUGGAAUUUAUGUUGCCAUUGAGCAUCACCUUGGGGUAGUUGGGGAUUCUGAUUUGGUUCCUCAAGAUCUGAUUUCUUACUUUCUUAAAGAGAGAAGGUGGUAGUCUUGGCAAUGGAAAUUGCUUAACAACAUUAUUAGAACUGUUGAGGAAAAUAAAGAUGGGUAAAAAAUAAACUUGUUUCUCCUGGUGAUGUGUACUACAUUAGCUUUGUGACCUCAAGUGCGGUUGGGCAAUUAGUGAACCUUAUUGUAAAUGAGGUUAAUUGUUAAUUGUUUCUUGAACAAAGACUCAUAAGCUUAUCCUAAUGACAAAAAGAGACCAUUUCUUUUA